GGAAGGCCGAGGUGUCAGGAGAGAGGAGGCCGGUGUUCAGCUCCUCCUUCCCGGGAUAUACACUUGUCAGCUGCCCGAGCCCUGCCUCUCGCUAUAUAUACCGGGGACACCGCGCCUGGGCGGCCUGAUUACUGGGGAUCCCGGUGUGUGUUACCUGCCCUCCCCAGACAAGGCGGAGGACACCCCCUUUAAUCCAACCAUUUCCUGGCAGAAGAGCCCCCAGAUUUAUCAGCCGCUCGAUGGGGAUUAACAGUGCAUCACCUGUGUGUGUCGCCUUCCCAGCCUGCCACCGCCUGACCAAGAAUUUUACCACUUCUUCUAUAGAAAUUAUGAAACUGGUAUUAACUGAAUGGCAAUUAUGGAUUUUUAACUCUAAUUCACAGUAAACCACUAAGCCAUAUGAUUGAAUUAGCACCAAAUCCCGUUCUCUCCUGCGCACCCUCACAAAGCUGCGGAGGCCCCUGCACUGCGGAGUCAAAAGUAUUACUUGCACGAGGAACGUGUGGAAAGCUGAACAAAGAAGAAGUCUUUAUUUAUCUUUGCAGAUAUAUAGUAUUAAUAUUUAUAUAGAGCCUCUAAGAAUAUAUAGAUCUAUUUUUGUGGUGAUGAAGAUGGCCCCUCAGAGCGCCGAAUCGGAAUCUAUGCAAGUCCAGGACCCCACCCUGGCCAAGCUGAAGAAGGACGAGCCCAAAGAGACCGAGAGUCGGGAUGAGACCAUUAGCGAGGUCUCUAUUGACCGUAUCCCGACCCGCCUCUGGGUCAUGCAUGGCGCGGUGAUGUUUGGUAGAGAGUUUUGCUACGCUAUGGAGACUGCACUGGUGACACCGGUUCUGUUGCAGAUUGGUCUUCCUGAACAGUACUACAGUCUGACGUGGUUCCUGAGCCCCAUUCUUGGUUUGAUAUUUACUCCUCUUCUCGGCUCAGCUAGUGACCGCUGCACUCUUCGAUGGGGCCGCCGGCGGCCCUUUAUCCUCGGCCUAUGUAUCGGAGUUCUGUUUGGAGUUGCACUUUUUCUCAACGGCUCUGUGAUUGGUCUUGCCAUCGGAGACGUCCCGGAGAAUCAGACCAUUGGCAUCGUCCUGACUGUGCUGGGCGUGGUGAUCUUAGAUUUCUGCGCCGACGCCACAGAGGGUCCUAUCCGCGCCUAUCUGCUGGACGUUGCGGAUACCGAAGAGCAAGACAUGGCGCUGAACAUUCACGCCUUCUCAGCCGGCCUUGGUGGUGCCAUCGGAUACAUGCUCGGCGGUCUCGACUGGACUCAGACUUUCCUUGGAUCCCUGUUCAAGUCUCAGCAGCAAGUCCUCUUCUUUUUCGCAGCCAUUAUUUUCUCCGUGUCUGUCGGCCUUCACCUCUUCAGUAUCGAAGAGGAACAGUACAGCCCUCAGCAGGACCGCCUGGAGGAUGAGGCCGACACCCUGUCCAGCAUGAAACUUAACAGCACCCUGGCGCCCAUGUCCCGGCUGAAUGUCAUCAACGAAGAAGACCCCUACAACUCCUUUCCGGACGACGUUCAGUCCGAGAAUGAUCUCAACCUCGACUUUCUCGAAGUGGAUAUCGUAAGGAGCAAAAGUGAUUCUGUCUUGCACAUGCCCGACGCCACGCUGGAUUACGAAUCUGAGUUUCUGCAUUAUAUCGAACCCUCCAUCUUCCAGGACUGUUCCUACCCGAACACGCCCCGCAGCACCAGCCAGGAACUCCUCAAAUCCCAAUUCAACCGCCUGUCUGCCUUCCUCAGGGAGAACGAAAGGGAAGAGGAGAUGUUGCUCGAUAAUCACAUUAACGAAUCUAAAGUCCCCAAUGGCGGGAACAUGCUGCAGAAGGAGAACAUGAACGGACACACCAGGAUAGGCAUGAAGCAGUCCUGCACCGCCAACUCCAUGCGCCGCCGCAGGCACAUGUUUUAUCGCCAGCCCUCUUACACCUUCUCCUAUUACGGCAAAGUAGGGUCCCACCGAUAUCGUUACAGGAGAGCCAACGCCAUCCUGCUGAUCAAGUCGUCCCGCAGCAUGAAUGACAUCUACGACAUGCAGAAGAGACAGCGCCAAAGGCAAAGGCAUCGGAACCAGAGCGGCGCCACCAACUCCAGUGGCGAUACCGAAAGCGAGGAAGGAGAGACUGAGACGACGGUCAGGCUGCUCUGGCUCUCCAUGCUGAAGAUGCCCAAAGAGUUGUUACGUCUUUGUUUGUGCCACUUACUGACCUGGUUUUCCAUUAUUGCCGAAGCCGUCUUCUACACAGACUUUAUGGGUCAGGUCAUCUUUGAAGGUCAUCCUAAGGCACCCUCUAAUUCCACAGAACUACAUCAGUACAAUGCCGGGGUGCAGAUGGGCUGCUGGGGUCUGGUCAUAUACGCUGCUACUGCUGCUAUCUGCUCAGCCUUGCUACAGAAGUACCUGGAUAACUAUGACCUAAGCAUCAAAGUCAUCUACAUCUUGGGGACCCUGGGCUUCUCCAUCGGCACUGCGGUGAUGUUCAUCUUCCCAAAUGUCUACGUCUCAAUGAUCAUGAUCAGCACCAUGGGAAUAGUCUCCAUGAGCAUCUCCUACUGUCCAUACGCCCUGCUAGGACAAUACCAUGAAAUGAAAGAGUAUAUUCAUCACAGUCCUGGGAACUCCAAGAGAGGAUUCGGCAUAGACUGCGCCAUCUUAUCUUGCCAGGUUUACAUCUCGCAGAUUUUGGUGGCCUCCGCCCUUGGUGCGGUGGUUGACUUCGGGAGCACAGUUCGAGUAAUACCUCUGGUGGCUUCCAUAGGCUCCUUCCUGGGGUUUCUCACAGCUACAUUCUUAGUGAUAUAUCCCGAAGUCCCAGACGAGAACAAGGAGGAACCCAAAAGCCAGGUUGCCCCAGAAGCUGCCAUCACUAAUGGACUGGAUCCUGAGAAGCCUCUGGUGCUGAAGCUUUCCCCCAAAGGGCAGACAACGGUUCCUCCAGAAGUAGAAAGCGAAUCGGCAGUUUGAGAUGGUGCUUUAGAAGAAGAAAAAAAACUAAAAGUCACAACACAUUCCAGACCAUACAGACCCACCAAUGGCAACAGAACAGCGGGUGUAGGUCUAGACUGAGCCCAAAGCUUAGCUUAGUGAAGUCUAAGCUCACGUCCAGUCUAAGCCGUGAAAAUUACAUGCAAUUCAUUUAAUUUUCAGAUGGAAAAUUCUGGUUUGAUGGAUUUCGCUAUUUUUUUUCUGCAUGUGAAGCAAAACGUAUGUUAUAAACAACAAUUAGGUUUUGCAGGUUUUUACGACACUUUGGGUGUACAGACCACUAAUUACUAAUUUUUUCUAUAGCUUUUCUCUCAAAAUCAUGGCUCAACGCAGCAAUCAAAGUGCAUCUCUCAGCGACGCGCCAGGGAUUCACCAUGCGCCAGUCAUAUUGGCAGGAGCUUCAAAAGCGUUUGCCCCCCAAAUUUUUUUUUCUCCUAAAUUGUAAGAUGGAAAAGGCUCCUAGAUCCGUUUAGGAACGUUUCCCGUCUCCGUGGCGUGCCGCUGCAGAUACUCUAAAUAAUGGCAGCCUGUACUCAGUGUCUCCAGACGCCAAGUGAAAAAACGUAUACAUAUUUUUUUACUAGAUUGCUUUUCUUUGAAUUCUCUUUUUUCUUUUUUGACAUUCUAUAUAUUUUGCGUGAAAACAGUUUGGGUGACUAUUCCGUCCGUUGGCGGGACGCUGUGAGAACACGUAGGCAGUUUGACUUUUUUGCAAAAAAAAUGUGAUUCCUUUUCGCUUGACGUCAGGUGUUCUAGAUUUAAAGCAAUACUACUCCAUGUGUCCGGUUCUAUCAUAAAUGGCUACCAAAUGUUAUAUACUAUAUUGCGUCAGAAGAGAAAUCUGCACGACUGUAAAAAAAAAUAAAAAAUGUUAUACCGCCAUUUACCAUAUACCGCCAUUUUUUAACAAUUUUCUUUAAUGCUACUUUCUUUUUGGGUUGAUUGUCUUUUUAUUUUUAUUUUAUUUUUUUAAGGGUUGUUUGCAGGUUAGCAAAGGAACUCAUUGACACUCCCGGACAUAGUGUCACACCACAAUAGUGAUGUGUGCGCCACGGGCUUGAGGUCUGGACCAUAUGGGCCGGAUUCAGGCAGGGAUGUUGAAUGUGGUUAAAAAAAUGGUGUAAAUGGUAAAUUAAAAAAAAUAUACAUUAAGCAUCCAUGCCUUUUGGUUCCUCAGUGACUCAUUUUAGGUUUUCUUAAAGUAACAGAAAAAUGUCACCAUGAUUUUUUUCUUACAUAAUAUAUAUAUAUAUAAUGCAAAAUGACGAGGAAACGCCCUGCGGGAACCCGGCCGUGUUGACGGUCUGCAUUCCAUACUUUAUUUUUUUUACCAAAUGGGUAAUUUUUUUUGGGGGUGAAAACAGGAGCAGGAGGGGCAUUUUAUCUGGGACGCAGACACGUCCACGUAAUGUGCCCUUGAUUUGAGUCAGUGGUGAAGUGGCUUUGAACCCGCAGCUGUAUAUACCGGUCCAUUAAUAUGUCUCCUGCACAGCCAUUUUGUACGGGUGACUGCUCUAGCGAAAUUGCCGCUUAUCAUGAACCAGUGACUCCUGGAAGCUCCCCAGGGAGCGCCAUGAUCACUUACGACUUAAAGGAAAUCUCCACUCAAAAAUUAAAAAAAAUCAACCGAUUCGUGCUCAACCGAUUCGGGUUUGUGCUCUCCCCAUAGUGCUUGGUACAGUAUGGUUUCUACACAGUGCAUUUGUCAGACUCCACCCCUUUUCAAUACACACUCAGCUCAACUUUGCCUGGGACUGGAAAGUAGUAAAAAAAAAAAAAUGCAUCAUGGGAGAUAAUAAAAAAAAAAAAAAUUCUCCUGUAGGGGAGCAUGUGAGCGUGACACAAAGAGAUAAAUGGAGAUUUCCUUUAAGUGGUUGUAAUAAGGGAAUGUUGGCAACAGGAUGACUUUUUCUACCUUGAGAAAUUCUACUCAAUGUCAGUGUGCUGCACAUAGGCCAGAAUUGAUGCAGAGCUUUGUACAGCACACAGUCAUUACUGUUGAGUUUUUUGGCACGUGCAUGGGAGACUUUUAGCCGCAAGCACCAAACCUUCAGCUUUUUUUUUUUUUUCUCUCUCUCUUUGCACUUGUGAUAAUUGAUCAUCACUCUGAAUAGUUGUACUGAUGUGCAUGGUUAUAAGCUGUAUAUAGUAGAUUACCGGCAUGUGAAAAAUCAUUUUUUUGCCUUAGCAAAAUCUCUUUUUGUAAGAACUUUAACGUUGUUCUGCCGCGUGCGGAAAUUUACUGACACUUGAAGGAGAAACACGUUGAUGUUUGCAAUAACAUGCAGAAAAAUCCCUGAUUUCAGGUCCUCCUAGAUGUACAGUACGAUGCAGUUAAACCAGGUCCUGCAGACGUUCCGGAGUAUCGGAAGAGACUAGCUCCAGAAUUCCGAAAUAGGAUACUGUCACGUUAUUGUAGUAUUCCCAUUGGUUGUUUCCUCUUCCAUUUUCGGGUUUGGGCUCGAUUCCGAAUCAAAUGGUUCUGGGGGUGGAAAAAAAAGGACUGGAAAUACUGGAUUAAAGGACAUUUACUGUACUUGAAGUAGAAGUUCACCCGUCAGCAUCUUACAGUUUAUAAUAUGUAUAGAACAUGCUGAGUGACUUUGCCGUUACUUUAGAUGAACUUGAGUCGCAUCCAGAGCUGCGCAGAAUAUUUCCUUCAGUUGCCGACUCUGAGCUUCCGUCGUGCUGCUGGGAUAGGUCAGCCAAAAUAAAUUGUGAAUGCAGCUUUCGCUGGGACUGGAGCGUCACAAGUUCAAGUAAAGCAAGGUUCACCUUGAGAUGUAGAUUAUAUCCAAGCUGUAAAAUGGCGAAGGAGGCAGAAGCUAGGCCUUGAAGAGACGCACAGCAAUGCAAUACGAAUCUAUAUGCAGAGUGUAAUUGCGUAUUACCCUCCGGGGCUGACACUAGUGAUGCCAGCGCGUUUAUUUACGGCAAUAUUAAUAUUUUUAAAGAGCUUUUGGAUUUUUUUUUACGUUACUUGAACUUUUGGGUCGGAAGCCAUCAGGAAUCUGCGGAAAUUCUCAUUGGGGGUCGGUGCACCAUCUGCAACCCUUUAGAUUUAGCUGCUGAUUUAGGUGACGAUAAGACAGUGAGUGAUCAUGGAGACUACUAAAGCUGCAAAUGGCGAGGACACCCUAUAUGCCCUAACCGCCCCCCCCCCCCCCCAUCUUACGGCCAGCAAGUCCUCCGCCCAUGCACACAUGACAGGCUUACAUUGACCCCAUCCUGCGGCUCCCCCUUGGUGUAUUCUGCAGGCUGUGGCACUUCAGAUUGUCACAGGAGGCGCUAUCUGCUGCAUAAGAGGCUGCCUUCCAUGCUGCACUGACUUGUUUUUUUGUCCCUCCCAUGAGGAAGCAUGACCGGUCGAUGGCAGUGUCUAGGCCAGGCAUGUCCAAACUGCGGCACUCCAGCUGUUGCAAAACUACAACUCCCAGCAUGCACCAAUGGCUAGUAAUCUAUCCAGUCAUGCUGGGAGUUGUAGUUUUGCAACAGCUGGAGGGCCGCAGUUUGGACAUCUCUGGUCUAGGCCAUUGGACCGAUGUCCGAAAGUUGCCCAGACAAGUCUAGGAACCCUCUAAUUAAUCACAUGACCCUGUAUUUACAUAUAGAGUAGUACUUAGAAGAUUUAUUGCCAUAUACAUUUAAUAUAAUAUAUUGGUGAACCCAGAUUUAAAGGGUUUGCCCAGGGUUAGAAAAACACGGAAUUACAUCUCGGUCCCGGUGACGAAGUUCAAUAUCCUCUAUUCUAAAUGUUGUAUUAUGUACAAAGGGGGCGCGUUUUAGUUUUUGAUGUGCAAUACUGCGAACAUCCUUUGGACAGGUGCGGCGCUGUUUUUGGAGACAGCAGCCACGUUUUUCUAAUCCCAUUCAACCCCUUUAAUGUCUUUGUCGGUUACAUAUUAAACGACUUGGGUCGGAUUCCCUUAGGGCUGGCCUCGUGCAGACAAGCCAGGUCCAAUGGCCACUUCCCAAAGUCAGAGUGAAGAUGAUAGAUGGAUAGACGGGCCGUAAAAGACCCAAGCGGGAUGGGUCCUUCUGCAUCCUGAGACGACGUGGCUCUGCGGAGAGUAGAGUCGGUCUAUACAGAAGAGGUUUUUAUUUGGAAAUGUUGGUAGUGAAUAGAAGUCUAGUGGAUUAUAAAGCACGACGACCGCCACGGAGUUGGUCUGUAGACAGUCCGCCAGGUAGAGGACUGAAUGGCAGACGUCUAAAUGCCAAAUGCUUGUGGUCGUCUCCAUCACAUACAUCUUCUGUAUUGGCUAACUCCACACAUCAGGUGCGCAGUCAUGUCCCCACCGAACCCGGCCCAUUUCUACUUUGUCCCUAUCAAAGGAGACUAUCCGCAUAGUGUUUUGUGAUGGCUGGAGUUGUCCUUUAAGCUUUUUCUAGUGCCUACAGUUUGGUGGUGAGGUAUUAACGGUUGAUACAAGGUGACGUUAGUGUUAUUUUUUUAACAUACUGAUUGUAUCAUUUCAUCUGAUUUAUUUUUAGGUAUUGGUGUUUUGUUGGAUAUUUACCAAGGGAGCAUUUAUAGCUUCCGUACAAACUGCCGCCUUCCGCAGGUCCUGGUAUAGCGGUACUCUCUGGCGGCAUACACUACAAUAACCUAAACUAAUACUGUCAUUGACAAGCACUGUGACAAUAUUUUCACGGAAGAAGUUUCCCUUGACUGACUGAGUCGGCGCCGAUUUGGAGACUUGCGCUCUAGAUCUUUUGGCACCAGAUAUGCAAAGGUGUGACCUCUUACUUCACUUGCACAAAGGUCAUAUCUGACAAAUAUCUCCUCCUAUAGAAGUCUGUUGUCCACGGAUGUAGGAGCAUUAGUUUUCAUUGACAGUACUGGUGGCGAUAUGAACGUUUAAUAUUUUGGCAUGCUCUCUUGUUUGUCUCCAUUGAUGGUCCAGAAAUGUACAUGUCUCUAGUUGAAGUAUGAUGGGUGAUAGGAGGCGCUAACUCCCUUCUCUAGUGCUGGUACCCAUUGCUAGUUUUAGGAUCUUUGAAUAAUUUGGUGCCAGCUAUGGAAUGACCUAACCAUGUACCUAACCAGUACAUUGGGUGGGUUUCAUCUGAGAGAAACUCUAUGUAAGGUAUGUCCUUCGGUGAUGUGAGGUGCUAUCUCCCACUUCCGGUGGCGGGGCCCUUCGCUAGUUUUAGAUCUUUGAAUAAUAAUUUUAGGUCUUUGGACAGACCUGACCACUUGCUUCACUUGUACAUUGGGCUCCCUUUUGGUGCCAAUCAGUAGUUUUAACCCCUUGACCUAUUGUUGCCUGAUAUUGAAAGCCACCAACUUACAAGCCUUGCACAAUUCUCCUGAAAAGCAAGCUUCUCCAUAUUGUACCGUAGGGCAUCUUCAGGUCUCUUGACACCUGAUAUAACUCAUUCAUCUAAAGGACCUUUCUCUUUGUACAAGGAGUAGGCAUCAGGAUAGAACUUCUAUCUAAAGAGCGUCUAGUUUAGGGAUGCCCAACCUGCGGCCCUCCAGCUGUUGCAAAACUACAACUGCCAGCAUGCCCGGACAGCCUACAGCAUGGCAUAAUGGGAGUUGUAGUUUUACAACAGCUGGAGGGCCACAGGUUGAGCAUCCCUGGUCUAGAUCAUCCCCACUGUUCAUCCUCAGAACUGCACCCAUUCCUCCUGCAGUGUUCCUGCAGACAUAGUGCUAGGCGCCAGUCGUAGCACAGUAUACUGUCAGCACAGGGUUUCUUUGGUUGAUUAUAGCAGCAUCAUAAGAUAACAUUUUCAUACGAUUGAUUGCCAAAUUCCUGUCCACUAUGCCAGGGAUGCCCAACCUGUGGCUCUCCAGCUGUUGCAAAACUACAACUCCCAGCAUGCCUGGACAGCUAUCAGCCUACAACAGGGCAUGGUGGGAGUUGUAAUUUUGCAACAGCUGGAGGGCCGCAGGUUGAGCAUCCCUGCUCUAUGCUUUGGUUUGCCAAUAGGGAUGACAGGAGUUGGAGAAGCAUGGUGCAUGGUGCAUGGUGACCUGCGUUGCAGUAUUUAUUUAUUUUUUCAGACUGUGCAGCCAUUGGCGGAAAUGCCGUACAAUAAGAGCAAUAUAAUAUCCCUUGAUCGUUGUGGCUCUCAGGGAAGACAGCGAGGCUUUUUUUGUAAGAUAUGGAGAUGACAUGGUGACUACUACGUGGUGCCGUAUCCCAAAGAGCAGUCUAUUUGGUGCCCUUAUUCACUGCAAUAUGUGUAACUUUAUGGGUAACUUUACUUGACAUUUAUACAUGGUGUUAUUAUGUACAUGAUAGGGCAUUAUAGGCCCCUGCAGCCGCGGCAGCCAUUUUAUGUGCUGGACUCCUAAUACACGGAAUCAUGUUGCAGAUAUCUUUAUAUUGGAAAGUAGAAAUUUAUGUAGAUUCAUCCAGUGGCGUAUCAGUCAAAUGAUAGACAGACAUGGCUCCCGAUACUGGAGCACUUGGUGCCAGGUGUAGCAGACUACCAAGCUUCGUUUUGAGUGGUCUGGGUGCCAUGCCUGUAAGUUUGCCUGUUUUUAAAAAAAGAAAAUCUGAAAUUUUGAAUGCAGAUAGCGGUAUAAUGGUGGUCCGCUGUACUGCAACUAAUGGCUUAGGUAUAGGGGGUGCGUAUACCUGCCACAACCAGACCCCUACACUUGGGUGGGGCCAUAAGGCAUACUAAACAAACACUUUAUGGAUGAGAAACAGUGCAAUUAAUUCACGAAGAACUGUAAGUUCCUGUAUCCAAUGCACAAGCUGUAAAUGGGCCCCUAACCUACCCUAGAGGCCCUUCCUCUGUAACCCUUAUGGCUAUGCACCUGAGUAAGGCCCCAAGCCAGGGCCCUAGAGUUUGUCUGCACCACACCUCUCAGCACGUCCUCUCUGGGGUCAAAAUUCAGCUCUUUCUUUCCCAGAUAAUCACUUCUGCCUGUAGACCUCCCAGCUAUGCUUCAUCUUUACAACUCUGUAUACCUUCCGUCGCUGUACGUAGCUUUUAUUUCACAUUUAUUAUGUGCCUCAUUUAUGUGUCAUUGCUUGACGCCCUAUGUAGUAAUGUAGAUCAGUUAUGUAGCUGCCCCUGUCUAAAAAGGUUAAAGUAAGGCUUAUUCAAAUAUCUGAAUCCUCCUACUGCCCCGCCCCCUGAGGUUCAAGUGAGCACCAUAGAGCUUAGAGCACCAUAGCAUUCUAGGGUGAUCUUGGUUCAGGUUCACUUCAACUGUAGGGGUGUCCAGAUCUUAAUACAGAUGCUAAAAUGUGUCUAACAACCAUCAAAGCUAGGCCACUUUUUAUCUACAAAUUUUUUUAUAUAUAAAUCUGCAUGUGGAAAUCUUAUCCUCCAAAAUGGGAAAGUUGUAAAAACUAGUCCAGCAGAAAAGUAGACCCCUUGUGCUAAAAACUGGUUCUGAUGGGCACCUGCUACUAGUUUUGAUAACUUUCCUGCACAAUAUGUAUAAACCCACUAUUUGGGUUUGGUCACCAUUGGGAGGCUCACAACACAAGGCCAUCUGGUGGCUUUGGAACCAUAACUACCCUGUUAAUUACUUCAGCUUGUAGCCCUGCUCUUGCCUAAAUUUUGAACUCCUAUUUUAGUGUUUUUAUUUUCAAAAAGUUUAUGCCCUCUCCCCCCUCCAUCCUAGCUUAUAGUACCUGUAUAGGCAAAAUCAGUUUUAUGAAGAGUUUACUAUUUUAUUACAUGGCAUUUAAUACAGAGAAAUCCGUAGGAACUCUAUCUACAGUAUAUACACGUAGAAAAUAUGCGUGAAAUGAUUUUACGUUUUUAGUUGCAUAGAGCGACCUCAGAUAUAAGGAAACACUGAAACGACAACUUUUUUUAAUUUUUUUUAAUGCCUGGAAAGCUGCACUUUAGGCAUCUCAUAAUGAAGAAAAAAAGAAAAAAAAAAGAUUCUGGUUCUAUGGUGAACUGCCCGUAUAAACAACUAGUUUUUUAUCAACUUAUUAAGUUGAGCACUAUCGUAGCUCUUGCUGAGUUUAGCAAAUCUUUAUAAGCGUGUGUUAAACACAUGAAGUCGUUUGUUUUUAGAGGGUAAAAGGGAUUAAGCGCGAGUGAUGUCACGAGCGACUGAUCGCCGAGUGAUUUGGUUCUGUCGUUUUAUUAUUGUUUUGGAUUUAUUACACUGUGGAGCUUGUGUUAUUUUAUUAUGAUGAUGAUGUUUUCUGUUUUUGAUCAUUUGCAUGAUUAUUAUUUGUUGCUGUAAUAUUAUUGAAGCCAUGCUCCGUGUUAUUUUCUGUUCCAUUUGUAUGAUCUGGUUUAAUUUAAGAAUGAUAAUAAUAAUGAGAAGAAUUUUGAGGAUUUUAUUUUUUCCCCAUCCUCCACUCUGUAUACAGUGUAUUUCGAUACGUUGUUCAACAGUUCGAUCUUAAUAAACAUUUCAGUAACUGAU